AUGAAGCUCUCCUAUUCUAUACAACUGCUAUGGAGUGGGGCUCUCCUAUUACCGUCUCUUGCUUUAGGGAAACCAUUGGGUUCAUGUUCGUUGCAACGAGAUUGUAUCUCGUUUACCGUGGAAGAAGCACCAGACAACAAAUCAUGUAAUGAGGGCGAAUUCGCAUGUCUUUGGAAGGUCUGUUUGCAAUACGACACUAGUUUAGAAGGUUGCCAAAAGAAGGGAGCCAUUAGCCAUGCCUGUGAUACGGGUGACGAUACAACUGGGUGCGGCCGUAACGAAAAGGACAAUGGCGGAUGGGAUUCCAAAGAGAUUGCUCCUUUUCAUAAUAAAGAAAGCAUGUGUUUAUACGUACCCAAAGGAGAAGAUGCCAGAUUUCUCUUGCAAGAUGGGAAAAAAUGUACUGGAUACGAAUCCUUUCGAGUGGGUGAACAUUCUUUGGCCGAAUGCUCCGCCUCCAAAGAAAGGACAUGUUCCGAUUUUGCAGCCGGCACAGAGUGUUGGUGGCGAGUAUCCACACCCACUGGAGACUGUGCCAAAACAUUGCCAGAUACUGGAGCUUCCUCUACCACUCUAGCUCUGUCCGAUAAUGGCCUUCCCUCAUCUUGCGUCCGCAAGGAGAAUGCCGCUAGCAUUGAACGAGACUGUGGUGGAGAAGGGUUCAAUACAGCUGCUUUGCAAGUUCAUUUCAGCGCAGACGGCAAAAUCGUAUACAGUCUUCAAAACUGGAUGGCUCAUGACAUUAUCUGGAUGCAAGUCAUCUAUCGCGGCGGCGACAGCGGUGGAAUUGCUAGUUCGGGAAAAUUUUCGCUGACUACUGGAGCCAAGAGUGACUUUUUCACGUCGCUUUGUUUUGAUGGGUAUGCCACUAUUGAUGUAUAUGUUGCAAUCACAAUGACGGCGGAAAACGAGGUGGUAUGUGACGGAUGGGAUCCCCAAAGUGAUGUCUGUCGCUACAAGAUCAAGAUCGCUUGUAACAUCUGUGGAAUGGAUGAACCUGUAUACGAUGCCGAUGGCAAUGAAAUCGAAAGAGUUUUUACGCUUUCUCCCACUUCCGGUCCAACUUUUAGUCCAACUUUUGCUCCAACUACUGGUCCAACGCUAUCUCCCACUGAUAUUCCAACGGCAACACCCACGGAUAGCCCGACCAAAAACGCAGCAACUUCUGGUCCUACAGCCAGCCCAACCCUUUCUCCUACCUCCGGACCAACUUUCAGUCCAACUUUCGCUCCUACUUCUGGACCAACAUCAAGCCCCACCUUCGUUCCAACUUCGGCACCAACCGCUAGUGAUACAUUGCACCCAACAGAUGCUCCUACCAAAAACCCAACUCCUCGUCCGACCCAGAGUCCAUCGAGCAACCCAACCUCUAGUCCUACUUCGGUUCCAACAUCUAGUCCUACAAGCGAACCAACCACUGGACCUACUUCAGCACCUACUGAUGUCCCAUCGCGUGUGCCUACCAAUAGUCCAACCUCAAACCCAACUCAUUCAACUACACCUGCUCCAACAUCUGGUCCAACAUCCGAACCGACAUCCGAACCGACAUCUGGUCCAACAUCUGGUCCAACAUCUGGCCCGACAUCUCGUCCAACGUCUGGUCCCACAUCUAGUCCUACAUUCAGUCCUACAUCACGACCAACAUCGAGUCCAACUUUCUCCCCAACCGAAGGUCCAACGCUAUCUCCUACGUUGUCACCAACUGCAGAGCCUACACAUGAACCAUCAUUGGAACCAAUGAUACCAACUGAAGGUCCAACAUCCGGUCCAACUUCAGGUCCGACCUUGGGCCCUACAUCAGCACCCACUGAUGUCCCAUCACCGGUGCCGACCAGUAGUCCUACGUCUGGCCCCACUUAUUCAACUACACCUGCACCAACAUCCGGUCCAACUUCUGGGCCUACACCUGGACCUACACUUGGGUCUACAUCUGGUCCAACUAUGACGCCUUCGAGUGGGCCCACGUUGGGUCCUACGUCGAGCCCAACAUUUGUGCCAACAUCGGGUCCCACGAUGAGCCCAACGUUUGUGCCAACAUCGGGCCCUACUUCGGGACCAACAGAAGCGCCGUCGCCAUACCCGACAUCUGGACCAACAGAGACAUUAUCUGGUCACCCCACUAUGGAAUCUCGACCUACAAGCAUCAAACCGACGAUCAAGGUAACACCAAGUCCAACUGAAGGACCGACAUCGACGCCUUUUAAUAGUCCAACGCCAUCACCGACAAAGAGUCCUACAUCUGGACCAACUUCCAGUCCUACAUCUGGACCAACAUCGGAUCCUACAUCUGGACCAACUUCCAGCCCUACAAGUGGACCAACGUCUGGACCCACAUCAAGUCCAACAAUGGAUCCAACGACACAUCCUACUGAGCAGCCUUCGCAGGAACCUACAAUUAUUACAACUUUUGCACCGACUCCGUCUCCAACUUCUGGACCUACAUCUUCGCCAACAUCUGCGCCAACAUCUUCGCCAACAUCUGCGCCAACAUCUGGACCUACAUCUGGACCUACAUCUGGGCCAACUUCCACUCCAACUAGUACUCCUACUUCAGCACCGACUUCUGGACCCACAUCCAGUCCAUCCUAUUCUACUACACGUGACCCAUCCGAUGGUCCUACAUCUGGCCCAACCUCUGGUCCAACAUCAAGACCCAGUAACGUUCCAUCGACAGUCCCAACCAACAGUCCGACUUCUAGUCCAACUCAUUCGGCUACACCUGCACCAACAUCCGGUCCAACUUCUGGGCCUACAUCUGAACCUACAUCUGGCCCUACCAUGAUUCCAUCUAGUGGACCCACAUCAAGCCCGACGUCAAGCCCGACGUCAAGCCCGACGUCAAGCCCGACAUCAGGACCAACAGAAGAUCCGACGCCAUACCCGACAAAAGCAUCGACGCCAUAUCCGACAUCUGGACCAACAAAGACAUUUUCUGGUCACCCUACUAUAGAAUCUCCACCUACCAGCAGCAAACCGACUAUCAAGGAAACGUCAAGUCCAACUGGAGGACCGAUAUUGACGCCUACUAGUAGUCCAACGCAAUUACCAACAAAGAGUCCUACAUCAGGACCAACUUCCAGUCCUACAUCAGGACCAACUUCCAGCCCUACCAGUGGACCAACAACUGCACCCACAACUGCACCCACAUCAAGUCCAACAAUGGAUCCAACGACACAUCCUACUGAGCAGCCUUCGCAGGAACCUACAAUUAUUACAACUUUUGCACCGACUCCGUCUCCAACUUCUGGACCUACAUUUUCGCCAACAUCUGCGCCAACAUCUGGACCUACAUCUGGACCUACAUAUGAUCCGACAGCAAGACCGACAUCUGGGCCAACUUCCACUCCAACUAGUACUCCUACUUCAGCACCGACUUCUGGACCCACAUCCAGUCCAUCCUAUUCUACUACACGUGACCCAUCCGAUGGUCCUACGUCUGGCCCAACCUCUGGUCCAACAUCAAGACCCAGUAAUGUUCCAUCAACAGUUCCAACCAGCAGUCCGACCUCUAGUCCAACUCAUUCGACUACACCUGCACCAACAUCCGGUCCAACUUCUGGGCCUACAUCUGGGCCUACAUCUGGCCCUACCAUGAUUCCAUCUAGUGGACCCACAUCAAGCCCAACGUCAAGCCCAACAUCAGGACCAACAGAAGAUCCGACGCCAUACCCAACAAAAGCGUCGACGCCAUAUCCGACAUCUGGAUCAACAAAGUCAUUCUCUGGUCACCCUACUAUAGAAUCUUCACCUACCAGCAGCAAACCGACUAUCAAGGAAACGUCAAGUCCAACUGGAGGACCGAUAUUGACGCCUACUAGUAGUCCAACGCAAUUACCAACAAAGAGUCCUACAUCAGGACCAACUUCCAGCCCUACCAGUGGACCAACGUCUGCACCCACAUCAAGUCCAACAAUGGAUCCAACAACACAUCCUACUGAGCAGCCUUCACAGGAACCUACAAUUAUUACAACUUUUGCACCGACUCCGUCUCCAACUUCUGGACCUACAUUUUUGCCAACAUCUUUGCCAACAUCUUUGCCAACAUCUGCGCCAACAUCUGCGCCAACAUCUGGACCUACAUCUGGACCUACAUCUGGGCCAACUUCCACUCCAACUAGUACUCCUACUUCAGCACCGACUUCUGGACCCACAUCCAGUCCAUCCUAUUCUACUACACGUGACCCAUCCGAUGGUCCUACAUCUGGCCCAACCUCUGGUCCAACAUCAAAACCCAGUAGUGUUCCAUCAACAGUCCCAACCAGCAGUCCGACCUCUAGUCCAACUCAUUCGACUACACCUGCACCAACAUCCGGUCCAACUUCUGGGCCUACAUCUGGGCCUACAUCUGGCCCUACCAUAAUUCCAUCUAGUGGACCCACAUCAAGCCCAACGUCAAGCCCGACAUCAGGACCAACAGAAGAUCCGACGCCAUACCCAACAAAAGCGUCGACGCCAUACUUGACAUCUGGACCAACAAAGUCAUUCUCUGGUCACCCUACUAUAGAAUCUUCACCUACCAGCAGCAAACCGACUAUCAAGGAAACGUCAAGUCCAACUGGAGGACCGAUAUUGACGCCUACUAGUAGUCCAACGCCAUUACCGACAAAGAGUCCUACAUCAGGACCAACUUCCAGCCCUACCAGUGGACCAACGUCUGCACCCACAUCAAGUCCUUCAAUGGAUCCAACAACACAUCCUACUGAGCAGCCUUCGCAGGAACCUACAAUUAUUACAACUUUUGCACCGACUCCGUCUCCAACUUCUGGACUUACAUCUUCGCCAACAUCUGCGCCAACAUCUUCGCCAACAUCUGCGCCAACAUCUGGACCUACAUUUGAUCCAACAGCAAGACCAACAUCUGGGCCAACUUCCACUCCAACUAGUAUUCCUACUUCAGCACUGACUUCUGGACCCACACCCAGUCCAUCCUAUUCUACUACACGUGACCCAUCCGAUGGUCCUACGUCUGGCCCAACCUCUGGUCCAACAUCAAGACCCAGUAAUGUUCCAUCAACAGUUCCAACCAGCAGUCCGACCUCUAGUCCAACUCAUUCGACUACACCUGCACCAACAUCCGGUCCAACUUCUGGGCCUACAUCUGGGCCUACAUCUGGCCCUACCAUAAUUCCAUCUAGUGGACCCACAUCAAGCCCAACGUCAAGCCCGACAUCAGGACCAACAGAAGAUCCGACGCCAUACCCAACAAAAGCGUCGACGCCAUACUUGACAUCUGGACCAACAAAGUCAUUCUCUGGUCACCCUACUAUAGAAUCUUCACCUACCAGCAGCAAACCGACUAUCAAGGAAACGUCAAGUCCAACUGGAGGACCGAUAUUGACGCCUACUAGUAGUCCAACGCCAUUACCGACAAAGAGUCCUACAUCAGGACCAACUUCCAGUCCUACAUCAGGACCAACUUCCAGCCCUACCAGUGGACCAACAACUGCACCCACAACUGCACCCACAUCAAGUCCAACAAUGGAUCCAACAACACAUCCUACUGAGCAGCCUUCGCAGGAACCUACAAUUAUUACAACUUUUGCACCGACUCCGUCUCCAACUUCCGGACCUACAUUUUCGCCAACAUCUGUGCCAACAUCUUCGCCAACAUCAGCGCCAACAUCUGGACCUACAUCUGGACCUACAUCUGGACCUACAUCUGGACCUACAUUUGAUCCAACAUCAAGACCGACAUCUGGGCCAACUUCCACUCCAACUAGUACUCCUACUUCAGUACCGACUUCUGGACCCACAUCCAGUCCAUCCUAUUCUACUACACACGACCCAUCCAAUGGUCCUACGUCUGGCCCAAGCUCUGGUCUAACAUCAAGACCCAGUAAUGUUCCAUCAACAGUUCCAACCAGCAGUCCAACUUCUAGUCCAACUCAUUCGACUACACCUGCACCAACAUCCGGUCCAACAUCUGGGCCUACAUCUGGUCCUACCAUGAUUCCAUCUAGUGGACCCACAUCAAGCCCGACGUCAGGACCAACAGAAGCACCGACGCCAUACCCAACAAAAGCGUCGACGCCAUACUCAACAUCUGGACCAACAAAUACAUUUUCUGGUCACCCUACUAUAGAAUCUCCACCUACCAGCAGCAAACCGACUAUCAAGGAAAUGUCAAGUCCAACUGGAGGACCGACGUUGACGCCUACUAGUAGUCCAACGCGAUUACCGACAAAGAGUCCUACAUCAGGACCAACUUCCAGCCCUACCAGUGGACCAACGUCUGCACCCACAUCAAGUCCUUCAAUGGAUCCAACGACACAUCCUACCGAGCAGCCUUCUCAGGAACCUACAAUUAUUACAACUUUUGCACCGACUCCGUCUCCAACUUCUGGACCUACAUCUGGACCUACAUUUGAUCCGACAGCAAGACCGACAUCUGGGCCAACUUCCACUCCAACUAGUACUCCUACUUCAGCACCGACUUCUGGACCCACAUCCAGUCCAACCUAUUCUAUUACGCGUGACCCAUCCGAUGGUCCUUCGUCUGGUCCAACCUCUGGACUCACAUCAGGACCCAGUAAUGUUCCAUCGCCAGCCCCAACCAGCAGUCCAACUUCUAGUCCAACUCAUUUGGCUACACCCGUACCAACAUCCGGUCCAACUUCUGGGCCUACAUCUGGGCCAACAUCUGGUCCUACCAUGAUUCCAUCUAGUGGACCCACAUCAAGCCCAACGUCAGGACCAACAGAAGCGCCGUCGCAAUACCCGACAUCUGGACCAACAGAAACAUUCUCUGGUCAUCCAACUAUAGAAACUCCACCUACCAGCAGCAAACCGACUAUCAAGGAAACGUCAAGUCCAACUGGAGGACCGACGUCGACGCCUACUAGUAGUCCAACACCAUCACCAACAGAAAGUCCUACAUCUGGACCAACAUCAAGUCCCACGUUAGGUCCUACGUCGAGACCAACUUCAGGUCCGACUAAUCGCCCGACCUCAAGCCCAACUCUGUCUCCAACGUCGGAGCCAACUUCUGGCCCGACUUCAGGUCCAACACACGUCCCAACAUCAGCUCCAACAUCAGGUCUGACGUCAGGUCCGACAUCUGGACCUACAUCCACCCUAACUUUGGAACCCACUUUGCGACCUACAUCUGAACCUACCUUGGACCCAACCAGUGGACCAACCAGUGGACCAACCAUUGGACCAACCAGUGGACCAACCAGUGGACCAACCAGUGGACCAACUUUGAUGCCGACAUCGUCACCCACUUCUGGCCCAUUGGUGGAACCUAUCAUUCCAACACCAGGUCCAACUUCUGGACCAACCUCGUUUCCGACAGCAAAUCCGACAAGUGGACCCACUUCAGGUCCUACAGGAAGGCCAACUUUAGAUCCUACGUCUGGACCGACAGCUGAACCUACACAAACAUCUAGUCCAACCGCUAGAAAAAGGUCUCGAACAAUCUCAGGUCCCACCUUAUCUCCAAUUCCACCGACGAUGCCAACUACAGCUCCGACAAGCGAACCAUCAUGCGGGUCAGUAGCACCUUCUCCAACACAAGGGCCAACACAAGUGUGCAGAACUUUUUCAAGGGAGAAAUUCGAUGCCAAGAUAGGGAACGGCCCAAGAACGUGUGGAGACUAUCAACUUUUUGAUAUUGGUAAAAGUGGCUUGCCAGUUGUUAUUAUUGAUACUGAUCCAGACGAAGACCUUGUCGUGUUCAAAGUUAGACAAAAUUUCUACAGCGGCCCAAUAUCUCAACUCUCAAUCAAUCGACAAGUUAAGGGAACUGGUGCUGUUUGCGAGACAUCUUCGUCAGUUUAUAGGUCAUGGGAACAGAACUACACUGCAUCCUGCUUUGGUGGACAGGCAGACAUCAAGAUUUAUGCCCAUUUAUGCGAUAAUCAGAUUGCUGAUCAGACAUGCGCUUCUUGUCAAGCACCACCUUCCAUGGACAAUUUUCAACAAGAAACUCCAACUCAAGCACCCUCACAAAUUACGUAUGAUACACCAACAUCUGGACCCACUCCGUCUUCAACACCAGAUCCUACAUUAGGACCAACAUCGAGUCCUACGAGAAGUUCAACUGAUAUUCCAACAGCAAGACCUACAUCAGAACCAACUUUUGGACCAUCGUCUGGUCCAACCAGUGAUCCUACACUUGGUCCAACUUUCGGACCAUCGAGAGCACCUACAUCCGGCCCCACAUCCGGUCCAACACCCAGUCCUACAUCUGGCCCCACACCCGGUCCAACAUCUGGUCCUACAUCCGGUCCUACAUCUGGCCCCACACCCGGUCCAACAUCCGAUCCAACAUCAGAUCCUACAUCCGGUCCUACAUCUGGACCCACAUCGGUCCCUACCUCAGCCACUAUCUCAUAUCCUACGUCUGGACCGACAAGAUCUUCAACUUCCAGUCCUACAUCUGGCCCUUCCUCCGGCCCAACACCUGUGCCAACCGGCUAUCCAACAAGUAGACCAACUAGUGGUCCAACACCGUCUCCAUCCUCGGCUCCAACAUCAGGGCCUACGUCUGGUCCAACAAAGAUCCCAUCUAGCAAUCCCACAUCAAGACCUACAGCGGGUCCCACGUUGAGCCCAACAGAAGUGCCAUCCCUAUAUCCCACAACUGGACGAUCGGAAUUAUUCUCUGGUCACCCGACAGUUGAAACUCCACCUUCCAGUAUCAAACCGACUUUCAAGGAGACGCCAAGUCCUACUGAUGAACCAUCAUUGGGGCCUACUAGCAACCCGACAUCUGGACCAUCAUCGGGUCCAACUUUGGGUCCUACAUCUAGUCCCACAUCUAGUCCUACAUCUAGACUAACAUCUAGACCGACAACAGGUCCGACUGGUCGCCCAACUUCAAAGCCGUCUCAGCUACCAACACCGGAGCCGACUUUUGGCCCUACACGUGGACCCACAGCUGGCCCUUCAUCCGGUCCCACUUCAAGACCUACUUCUGGACCUACUUCUGGACCUACACCUGGGCCAUCCAGGACUGUAACUUCAAAUCCCACAUCUGGGCCAACUUCACGACUUACAUUGUUACCGACUGGGAGGCCUACAUCUAGACCCACUUCAGGUCCUACAUCUCACCCUACAUCAGAUCCUACAUCCACACCAACGGAAAGACCAACAGUUGGGCCAUCUAGUAGUCCAACAUCUCUUCCUACGUCGCGCCCAACGCCGAUUCCAACUUCUGGACCAACUAGUAGUCCCACAGCAUGGCCCACAUCUGGUCCAACUUCGGGGCCGUCACCAAAUCCCAGUUCCCAACUGGCUUCUGAACCUACGCCAAAUCCUACAGCGAUGACCUCAGGGCACCCCACAGUCACAACACCUAGUCCAUCUGUUGCUACAGAGUCUCCGACUUCAAUACCAACGUCGGGGCCAACAUCAGGGUCAACAUCAGGACCCACUUCAGGGCCGAAUUCUGGACCUACUUCUGGACCCACAUCAGGUCCUAGUUCAACACCAACUUCUGGACCAAUGCCGAAUCCCACUUCUAUCCCAAGCUUUCGCCCUACAAGCGGUCCAAGUUCAGUCCCAACUCCUGUUCCCUCAUUGAGUCCUUCAUCACUUCCGACAGCAGGUCCAACUUCAUAUCCAACAUCCGAUCCAACUGCUGGCCCUACAUCGUCACCAACAAGCGAGCCUUCAAGUGAGCCAACAAAAGGACCAACAUCUGCACCAUCACCGACGCCUACAACUACACCCACAGCAAUACCUACAUCCGAUCCAACAUAUGGGCCAACUAGCGGACCAACCGAUGGACCAACCUAUAGCCCAAGUGUGCCACCAACUGUACACCCAACCAGUAGUCCAACGUCUGGACCAUCAAUCGGACCUACUUUUGGACCUACAGCUGGACCAACUAGUGGACCGACCUCUGAGCCAACGACUGGACCAACGAGUAGACCUACACCUGGCCCAACCUCGAAACCAACAAGUGGACCUACAUCUGGCCCCACAACUGCCCCAAUAGAUGGUCCAACAGGUGGACCUACUUUGCUACCUACAUCUGGUCCAACAUGGCAACCUAUAAUUGGUCCAACAAAUGGACCUACAUCAGGACCAACAUCCGGUCUGACAAGAGGACCUACCUCUGUGACCACUAAUGCACCAACCUCACGGCCAACCACCAUGCCUACCAAUGCACCAACUUCACCACCUUCAUCAGGUCCAACGUCUAGCCCUACAUCAGGACCAACUAGUAAUCCCACAUCUCAUCCUACUGUGGCCCCAACGGCUGGUCCAACCAUCGGUCCUACCUCUGGCCCAACAAGUGGACCCACGUCACUGCCAACUAGCGGUUCAACGUCUUCCCCAACAAGCACACCGACUUCUGGUCCAACGUUUGAGCCUACUGUAGAACCCACUAGCGGACCUACAUCCGGUCCGACGUCUGGGCCAACAGCUCGGCCAACAAAUGGACCAACGAAUGCGCCAACAUCUCAGCCUACUGCUGUACCUACCGUAGGACCAACAAACGGUCCUACUUCUGGUCCGACAAGCACCCCAACAUUUGGAACCACAUUUAGACCAACUUCUGGACCAACUUCUGGACCCACAUCGAGACCAACUAGUGCACCUACCUCUGCUCUAACAAGUGGUCCUACAUCUGGUCCAACAUUGCCGCCAACAAGUCGACCUACAUCUGGCCCAACAUUAGCUCCAACGGACAGACCAACGGGCGGACCAACUUCACUACCCACAUCUGGACCAACAUCAGGCCCAACGUCUUAUCCUACCAUUGGUCCGACUAAUGGACCUACAUCAGGACCAACAUCCUCACUUACUUCUGGACCAACACAAGAGCCAACAAGUGGACCUACCAGUGCGCCAACCAGUGGACCUACCAGUGGGCCAACAAUCGGUCCAACAUCCCAACCUACAAUGGCCCCAACAGUUGGUCCGACCAGUGGUCCUACAUCUGAACCAACGAGUGAUCCAACAUCUCCCCCAACAAGCGCACCAACUUCUGGUCCAACGACUGACCCUACAGCAGAACCCACUAUUGGACCUACAUCCAGCCCAACUUCUAGACCAACGGCUCCGCCAACAAGUGGACCCACGAAUGAGCCGACAUCUCAACCUACUUCUGUACCUACUGUAGGACCCACAAACGGUCCUACUUCUGGUCCUACAAGUGGACCAACAUCGCAACCAACCUCCGGGCCUACAUCUGGUCCAACAAUCGGACCAACCACAGGACCCACAAGUGGACCUACAUCAGGUCCAACAUCUGGUCCAACCUCUCCCCCAACCAACGGACCAACUGGUGGACCAACUUCUCUACCAACAUCCGGACCUACAUCAGGUCCAACGUCUUAUCCUACAUUUGGUCCUACCAAUGGACCUACAGCGGGACCAACUUCAGGUCCAACAAGUGGACCUACAUCAGAGCCAACACCUGGUCCAACAAGUCGCCCUACAGUUAAACCAACCAGUGGACCUACGAGUGGACCAUCAAGUGGACCAACCUCAGCACCAACAAGUAGUCCAACAUCUCAACCUACGGUGGCACCAACCAUCGGUCCAACAAGUGGACCCACAUCAGCGCCAACUAGAGGUCCUACCUUGGCUCCAACAAGUGGUCCAACAUUGGGACCCACUAAUGCACCGACAAGCGGACCCACUUCUGGUCCAACAUUUUCCCCCACAAGCGGACCUACAUCCCGCCCAACGUCUGGCCCCACAUCUGGUCCAACAUUUGGACCAACUAGCGGUCCAACGUCUGGACCUAGUGCUGGGCCUACUGUAGGACCCACAAACAGUCCUACAUCUGGUCCUACGAGUGGACCAACAUCGCGACCAACCUCCGGGCCUACAUCAGGACCAACCAAUGGACCUACGACUGGUCCGACAUCUGGUCCUACAUCUGGUCCAACAUUGACACCAACAAGCGGACCUACAUCUGGCCCAACUUCUCCCCCAACGGACAAACCAACUGGUGGACCAACUUCUCUUCCAACCUCGGGACCGACAUCAGGUCCAACUUCUUAUCCUACCGUUGGUCCUACCAAUGGACCUACAUCAGGACCAACAUCAGGUCCCACAAUUGGGCCUACGUCAGGACCAACUUCAGGUCCAACAUCUCAUCCUACAGCUGCUCCAACUACCGGACCUACCAGUGGUCCAACAAUUGGACCAACAACUGGACCGACAUCUGGACCAACAAGUAGACCCACAUCACUGCCAACUAGCGGGCCAACCGCUGGUCCAACAAUUCAACCUUCAGUGGCGCCCACAGCUGAUCCGACCACCAAUCCUACCUCUGGCCCAACAAGUGGACCCACGUCAGCGCCAACUGGCAGUCCUACCUCUGCUCCCACAAGUGGACCAACAUUGGGACCAACUAGUGCACCUACCAGCGGACCAACAUCUAGUCCAACAUUUGCCCCCACAAGCGGACCUACAUCCGGCCCAACGUCUGGCCCCACAUCUGGUCCAACAUUUGGACCAACUAGCGGUCCAACGUCUGGACCUAGUGCUGGGCCUACUGUAGGACCCACAAACGGUCCUACAUCUGGUCCUACAAGUGGACCAACAUCGCAACCAACCUCCGGGCCUACAUCAGGACCAACCAAUGGACCUACGACUGGUCCGACAUCUGGUCCAACAAUUGGACCAACCACAGGACCCACAAGUGGACCUACACCUAGCCCAACCUCUCCCCCUACAAACGCACCAACUGGUGGACCAACAUCUCUACCAACGUCGGGACCGACAUCAGGUCCAACUUCUUAUCCUACUGUUGGUCCUACCAAUGGACCUACAUCAGGACCAACUUCAGGUCCCACAAUUGGGCCUACACUAAGACCAACCAGUGGACCCACCUCUGCACCUACAUCAGGACCCACAAAUAGACCUACCAGUGGCCCAUCAUCCGGCCCCUCAUCACUGCCAACAAAUGGACCAACAGCUGGUCCAACAACUCAACCUACAAUGGCGCCCACAGCUAAUCCAACCAUCAAUCCUACCUCUGGCCCAACAAGUGGACCUACGUCAGCGCCAACUGGCAGUCCUACCUCCACUCCCACAAAUGGACCAACAUUGGGACCAACUAGUGCACCUACCAGCGGACCAACAUCUAGUCCAACAUUUGCCCCCACAAGCGGACCUACAUCCCGCCCAACGUCUGGCCCCACAUCUGGUCCAACAUUUGGACCAACUAGCAGUCCAACGUCUGGACCUAGUGCUGGGCCUACUGUAGGACCCACAAACGGUCCUACAUCUGGUCCUACAAAUGGACCAACCUCCGGGCCUACAUCAGGACCAACCAUUGGACCUACCCCUGGUCCAACAACUGGUCCAACAACUGGUCCUACAUCUGGUCCAACAAUCGGACCAACCACAGGACCAACAAGUGGUCCUACAUCUGGUCCAACAUUGACACCAACAAGCGGACCUACAUCUGGCCCAACUUCUCCCCCAACGGACAAACCAACUGGUGGACCAACUUCUCUUCCAACCUCGGGACCGACAUCAGGUCCAACUUCUUAUCCUACCGUUGGUCCUACCAAUGGACCUACAUCAGGACCAACAUCAGGUCCCACAAUUGGGCCUACGUCAGGACCAACUUCAGGUCCAACAUCUCAUCCUACAGCUGCUCCAACUACCGGACCUACCAGUGGUCCAACAAUUGGACCAACAACUGGACCGACAUCUGGACCAACAAGUAGACCCACAUCACUGCCAACUAGCGGGCCAACCGCUGGUCCAACAAUUCAACCUUCAGUGGCGCCCACAGCUGAUCCGACCACCAAUCCUACCUCUGGCCCAACAAGUGGACCCACGUCAGCGCCAACUGGCAGUCCUACCUCUGCUCCCACAAGUGGACCAACAUUGGGACCAACUAGUGCACCUACCAGCGGACCAACAUCUAGUCCAACAUUUGCCCCCACAAGCGGACCUACAUCCGGCCCAACGUCUGGCCCCACAUCUGGUCCAACAUUUGGACCAACUAGCGGUCCAACGUCUGGACCUAGUGCUGGGCCUACUGUAGGACCCACAAACGGUCCUACAUCUGGUCCUACAAGUGGACCAACAUCGCAACCAACCUCCGGGCCUACAUCAGGACCAACCAUUGGACCUACAACUGGUCCGACAUCUGGUCCAACAAUCGGACCAACCACAGGACCCACAAGUGGACCUACACCUAGCCCAACCUCUCCCCCUACAAACGCACCAACUGGUGGACCAACAUCUCUACCGACGUUGGGACCGACAUCAGGUCCAACUUCUUAUCCUACUGUUGGUCCUACCAAUGGACCUACAUCAGGACCAACUUCAGGUCCAACAAUUGUGCCUACCUCAGGGCCUACAUCAGGACCUACAUCAGGUCCAACAAGUGGACCUACCAUUGGACCAACAUCAGGGCCAACAAGCGGGCCAACCGCUGGUCCAUCAAUUCAUCCUACAAUUGCUCCAACAGUUGGCCCAACCACCGGUCCCACCUCUGGACCAACAAGUAGACCCACGUCUGCGCCAACCAGUGGUCCCACAUUGUCCCCCACGGGCGUACCAACUUCUGGUCCUACGUCUGAACCUCCUACUGUAGGACCCACUAUUGGGCCUACAUCCAACCCAACGUCUGGACCAACAGCUCAGCCAACAAGUGGACCAACAAAUCGACCAACCAGUGGACCUACUACUAGCCCCACGUUUGCACCUACCAGCGGACCUACAUCUAUUCCUUCAUCGGGUCCCACAUCUGCACCCACAUCUGGGCCAACAAGUGGACCAUCAGCUGGCCCUACUUUGAGACCAACACUCAGACCUACCCACGGUCCUACAUCUGGUCCAACAAGCGAACCUACAUCCGGACCGACAAGUGGACCAACAAGCGGGCCUACAAGCGGGCCUACAAGCGGGCCUACAUCCGGUCCAAGUAGUGGAUCGACAUUUGGUCCAACCUCGCAACCUACCAUUAGUCCCACAAUUGGCCCUACAUCGAGCCCAACUUUCGCACCUACUGGUGGACCUACUUCUCUUCCUACUUCCGGGCCAACCAGCGCACCCACAGGUGGCCCUACGUCGCUACCGACAACUGGACCAACAGCUGGAGUGACAGCUGGCCCAACCGCUGGUCCAACAGUGCAACCCACUAUGAAGCCAACAACUCCACCUACAGUUGGGCCCACCUCUGGUCCAUCCUUGGUGCCUACUACUAGGCCCACUAUUGGGCCCACUUCUGGACCUACUUCUAGUCCUACAUUUGCACCAACUCGCGGACCUACAUCUGGGCCUACAUCUGGCCCCACAUCUCAACCAACGAUUGGACGAACAAGUGAACCAACCAGCAGUCCAACCAGUGGUCCAACAAAGUUUCCAACAAAGUUUCCAACAAGCAGUCCAACUAGCAGUCCAACGUCAGUACCUCCCACUAUGGGACCGACUAUGGGACCCACAAACAGGCCUACUUCUGAUCCAACAACUAAACCAACAUCUGGGCCAACCAACAGUCCUACUUUGGCACCAACUAGUGCACCUACUAGAGAACCUACCAGUGGACCAACUUCUAGUCCAACAUUUGCCCCAAGUAGUGGGCCUACAUCAGGUCCAACAUCUGGCCCCACGUCUGGUCCAACAAGCGGGCCCACUAUUGGAGCAACCUCUCUACAUCCUACUGCGGAACCCACGGCUGGACCCACCAGCGGCCCUACAUUUGGUCCUACAAGUGGACCUACCUUUGGACCAACUAUCGGACCUACCUCGGCUCCGACAAGGGAACCCACCCCAGAACCAACUAGUGGUCCAACUUCUUCUCCUACACCAAUUCCAACCUCUGGACCUACAUUCGCACCAACAUCUGACCCCACUUCUGGGCCAACCAGCGGACCCAGCAGUGGACCAACAGCCAGAACGGAAGAUUUGCCCACCUUUGGGCCUACUAGCAGUCCAACAUUUGCACCGACCUCUGGACCUACUAACAGUCCUACGUUUGCACCAACGUCUGGACCAACAGCAUCGCCAACAGAAGUUCCUACAGCAAACCCAACUGAUGCCCCAACAACCGGAACUGAGUCCAUAAGCACAGCUUUGUUUUCCUCUCCUGGAUGUGAGGUUGAACUGGAAUAUGAAGAACCUGAUGUUGAAUGGCCCGAAAAUGCGGUUCCUGAAAUCGUCAAGCUAGAUGAAUUAAAUGGGGUUGUUACUGUGCGAUUCCAGCAAUUGUUUGAUACUUCAUCUACCUUGGUCUCAAACGGAGAUUGCACCGGGGGGCAAAUUGAUUGGGUUGCCUUUGUUGCGGACGAUGUUAACGAAAGACAAGUGUGUGGCAGACAAGAGUCACUCUGCCAAGAAGACUUCUUUGAAACCCAACUGCAGUGUGAUCCUAUCGAUGGUUUUGCUGUUCUCACACUCUUUGUAUCAGAUGAUCAUGCAAGCUUCUCUACUGCCGAGAACAAGAAUCCUGGUGCAUGUAACGAGUGGACGAGCAAUGACAAAAACGUUGCCAAGUAUAGGUUCAUUGUACCUUGCAGCUCAAGUUGCCAGGGAAGCGGUCAGUCUCGCUCUCUAUCAGACAUGGCGCUACUCGAGGAGAAGAAGAGAGCACCUGAAAUGGAGUCUCAUUACUGCUCAAAAGAUGAUUUCCCUUGUGGGGAUAGCGGCAAAAGCGUUCAUAUUUGCCAUUAUUCUCCUAGAAAUGGCUUCCAGACUUUUUGUGUGUCAGAAGAAGAUACUGACGUACUAUCAUACUAUCCCAAGGAUUAUUGCGGACCUUGCUACGGCGGCUUGGGCGGAAUCAAGAAGUAA